GUCCUUACUGUCCACGAACCUUCGAUGGCUGGUCGUGCUGGAACGACACUCCAGCAGGCACCCGGGCCUACGUCCAGUGCCCGGAUUUCAUCACGGGAUUUGAUCCGCAGAGAAUGGGACACAAGGACUGCGACGCCAACGGGACGUGGUACACCCACCCACACACCAACCAAUCCUGGUCCAACUACACCACCUGUAUCGACAUUUCCAACCUUGAGCUCCAUCAGGUAGUGACGAAGAUCUACAUGGCUGGGUAUUCCAUGUCCCUCGUCGCUCUCUGCAUCUCUCUCUUCAUCUUCUUCUUUUUCAAGUCCCUCAAGUGCACGCGGGUCACCAUCCACAAGAACCUGUUCCUCAGCUUCAUCAUCAACAACGCGAUGUGGCUGGUGUGGUACGAGUGUGUGGUGAAUAAUGUCGACCUCCUCGCUAGCAAUGCGGUGGAAUGUCAGGUGCUGCAUGUUUUCCUCCACUACUUCCUCGUCUCCAACUACUUCUGGAUGUUCUGCGAGGGCCUCUACUUGCACACGCUGCUGGUGGUGGCGUUCGUUGCGGAGGACAGGAUCAUGAAAUGGUUCUACAUCCUCGGGUGGGGCGCUCCUGCCAUCUUGACCAUCGUCUACGGGUGUUCGAGAGCCGCUGACAGCGCCCAGAAUGUCCACUGUUGGAUGGACAACGGACCAUACAACUACAUCCUGAGCGUCCCUGUGGUGCUCUCCUUGCUGCUCAACCUCUUCUUCCUGGUCAACAUCGUCAGGGUCUUGGUUACGAAGCUGCGCGCCGUCAAUACAUCUCCAGACACCCACUCCACCCGCAAGGCGGUGCGCGCGACUCUGAUCCUCAUCCCGCUUCUGGGUCUCCACUACAUCCUGGUUCCCUUCAGGCCUCCCAUCGGCUCCCCUGGCGAGGAAGUUUAUCUUGUGGUGUCCGCCGUCGUCGCCUCCUUCCAGGGUCUUGGAGUGUCUCUUCUCUUCUGCUUCUUCAACGGAGAG